UUUCUCCGUCAUGAAAAAAAAAGCUCUCUUGAAGGCUAAAGGCGAUUCGGAUUGUGAAACCAUGUUGUCGUCUCUUCUUCUCUCUGGCUCUACAGUAUCUUCUUCGUUCAUCGCUGCAUCGAAGCUGUAACAUCUCUCUCUAUCUCCUUCGUCUGCCUUCAUUUCACCUUCUUUCGGCUUAUCCGAUUUCAAAUUCAAGGGUUUGUUCGUAUACUUGUUCCAUAAUCGAAUCUUAAGAGCUUAUGAAUUUGUUUAUGAUUACAGUUCUCUCUUACGGAAUCCAAAUCAGUCACUGUCACUAUCUCGGAACCUUUUGAGAAGCUUCAAACCCAUUAAGUGCUCCUCCGCUGAUUCUCCAUACGGAGGUUAUUAUUAUCAUCUCCCCUUCCUCUCGCUAAAGUUUCAAUCUUUACUCUGUUUUUUUUAUUAACUCAUGUAAAUCGAAUUAACCUUUUUUGUGUUUAGGCAACGUCUUCACGUUCCCUUGAACCAGGGUCUGGGACCCGUACAAGCGUUUAGGGAUUAGCCCCUACGCCUCCGAGGAAGAGAUCUGGGCCUCCUGGUAAACUCCUGAUUAGAUUUUUGAAACUCUUUGCUUCAAUCUAUAGAUGUCUGUGGUAAUGAUGGCUAAAGUCGAUAGCUUUAGUAGAUUUUUAUUGUGGAUAUGUGAAAAACAGAACUAGAGAAGACACAAAGUAAGAGACUUGUGUUGUUAGUAAUGAUGGAGUUUGGGUUCAAUGCCCACUGCUGAAGGAGCUGUCUCUGAUUUGUUUGGGAAGCCUUUCUUCUUAUUCCUCUACGACUGGUUCAUGGAGGUAUAUGCUAUUAAGACUUACUCUGAUUUACAUCUUAAAGUUGAGAACUUUGUUGUUUUGAUUCUGUGAUGUUCUUGUUUUAAAGCAUGGAGGAGUUUACAAACUUGCGUUUGGUCCAAAGGCAUUUGUUGUCAUCUCUGAUCCUACUGUUGCGGCAUGUCCUCAGAGAGAACGCGUUUUCUUAUGACAAGGGAGUUCUUGCUGAGAUCUUAGAACCCGUCAUGGAAAAAGGGUUGAUACCUGCUGACCUUGAUACCUGGAAGUUAAGAAGAAGAGCUAUAACUCAUGCGUUCCAUGCAUUGUAUUUGGAGGCCAUGGUCAAAGUAUUCAGCAACUGUUCUGAGAAAAUGAUACUGAAAUCUGAGAAACUCUUAAGGGAGAAAGAAGUUUGAAGCGGAGGAGGGGACACGAUUGAGUUGGAUCUUGAAGCAGAGUUCUCGAGUUUGGCUCUUGAUAUUAUAGGGCCUAGCGUGUUCAACUAUGACUUGUAAACAUUUUUAAACUUGUAUCAAACAUAGACAUUUUUAAACUCUAUCACACUUACAUUAAAUGAAACCUAUAGUUUUAACUUUUAAGAAGAUAAACUUAUACAUAAGAUAAGAAAAACUAAUAGAAAUUCUUUAGCUUAUAAUUUAUAAUUUUUUUUUAAUUGAAAUUGAAAAACUUAUAGUUUUUAAACUUAUACAUUUUUAAACUUCUCUUUUCUGGUAUAUUUAUUUUUAAUCAUGCAAUUAAUAAAAUUUCAAUUUCAAUUUUUUAAAAAAAUAUUUUUUUUAUUUCUAAAAACUCCUAAUUGGGGAUCACCAUUAGACACAUUAUUUUGACUAGAGUCCUUAACUAUUCAAACAAAAAAAACAAAAAAAAAAUUAAUAUAAUAAUGAUAAGGAC